AUGUUGCUACUGCACACCGGCUUGAUCCUAGUCCUGCUCCAACUUGGACUCAUUGCUGGCCAUGACUUCUCGCACGUUGGCUCCGCGGAGCUCAAGCAGUUCAAGCAGUGCGUGCGCGGCGCCAGUGGCCAGCGGCCCAGACUCAGCGAGUGCCUCGGGCGUUCGGCGCUCAACUUCAUUCAACGCGUGGAGGAGAGUGACAAUGUGAGCUUCGUGGCGGAUUUUGCAUCGGUCAAGAGCGACACUGCAGCGAGUAGAUCCCUGGCCAAUGUGCUGGACACGGACCCAGUGGACUUUCGUGGCAUACUCGAGAACGCAGGCGCUGUCAUGGGUCAGCGCAGUCUCGAGUGGCACAUGGACGCACUGUAUCCCGGACUCAUGUUCAAAAUUGGACCCACAACGGAUGCCAACAGCGUGGCGGAGUUUGUGCUGGACGGUGCGGGCGUGCAGGGUGAGCGGCAGUUUGGCCACGAAGAUCCAUCAGCGGGUCGCCUGCUGGCCAAGCAAUAUCUGUUGCCCUUUCUGCUGGGCCUCAAGUUCAAUCUGGUGGCGCUGGUGCCCCUGCUCUUUGCUGGCAUUUGCUUGCUGCUCAAGAAGUCGCUCUUUCUGGUCAAGCUGGCGGUGUAUGUCAGCAGCUUCCUGGGCCUGGGCGGCGUUGUCAGCUCGUUGGGUGGAUUGGGCGGCCUGUCUGGCGGUCUGGGCGGCUUUGGUGGCCUUGGCGCUGGCUCCAGCUUUGGCUUUCAGGGCCAUCGACCUGUGGGACACUUUCCCGGCAAGACCACAGUCUUUGGGCAUGGCGAUGAGCUGCAUCAUCAGCAGGAGUACGAUGUGCACGAGGCCUCGCCCUACCGUCGCAGCGAGCGCAAAGUUCGCUUCGAGCAGCCCCGAGCUGCUGCAGACAACACCGAGAAGCCUCAUUCACCCACAGAGGAUCGCUUCUAUGAGUUUGAGCAGCAGCGCAGAGCCAGCAACAAGCUGGAGCCGGAGGACACCUUGAUGAGGAGCAACUUCCAGGCGGGGAUGCAGGGCUGGCAGGCCGUGGAUUGCCUGGGCGCGGAGAGCGAGCGAAUGCUGGAGUUGGCCGCGCGGGACAACAGCAGCUGGCAGAUCAACGAAUAUCUGAGCAUAGAGCCGCCGCCAGUGGCGGAGGUGCAGGCCCGCAGUUUGGAGUCUGGACUCACAAGCAGGCUGUUGCAGCUGUUGCAAGGACGUGCGCUGCGGGUGCAACUGCCGCGACAGCUGACCGUCGCGAAUGGCAUCGAUGAGGCCGAACUAGGCACGGAUCAAGGUCGCAAGAAGAAGGACAAAGAUAAGCACAUGGCCAUGAUGGGCGGCAUGAUAAUGAUGGCCACGGUGGCCCAAAUGUUCCUCGGCAAGGUGAUCCUCAUCGCCGGCUCUGCCUUCGUAAUGGCCAAGAUUGCGCUCGUCAUAUCCCUGCUGGGCAGUCUAAAAAAGGGAUCGGCUGGCCACAGUGGUAGCGGCAGCGGCGGCCCCGAGCACGUGAUUGUCACCAACACGGGCCACAGCCACGAGAGCGGCUGGCACCGCAGCAUGCCCACGCACGAGUACAGCGGCGGUCAGCUGGAGGAGCCAACACAUGCCCAUGAUCAGGGUUAUUAUGCCUACGAGAUGGACACCUUGAAGCGGCGACAGUUCCAGCACCAACCUGAAGCAGAAGCAGAAGCAACCCGUGGAUUUGUCUAG